AUGCCGGCAAAUUACCGGUAUCGCGGCCAAAAUAUAAUAACGAAAUUAAAAAAUAAGGUUUUACGUAAAGCAAAGUUAUUUUUAAACCUUUUAUGCUUAAAAAAUCGGCAAUUUGGCAAAAUAUCGCCCAUUACAUUAACAAUUACGAAUUUAUUUUUAAAAACGAAAAAAAACGCUACGCGAUUAAAAAGUUCGCGGGGGAUACCGUUAUUAAACAAAAGGAUUACAAAUUGUUUAAAGCGUUCCGGAUUCGUUAGGAUUUAA